AUGACGGAACUACAUCAACUUAAACUGCUGCAGAAAGGCAACAGACAACAAUUAAGAAAACUCAGAAAACAAUUUCAUGUCAAAACUGAACAGCAAUCGGCCGUAAUUAACGCAAAAAUAGAAAACCAGAUGACAAGAAUGGAAAACAUCACGUCAAAAAUUAAACAGAAACUUGAUCGAAAGAUUGUCGGGUUAUUUCGCAAAAUAGAUAAACUUAAACAAGAACUGGAAGAAACUGAGGAAAUAAACUCCACACCUGCAAGCCACGUGACCACAAAAAUAUUGAAGGCACCAACAUUCGACGGAUAA